AUGGCGCAGCGUGGAGGAUCUACGACAAGAUACCUAUCAACAUGGGUGCAGGACGUCGAGGAUAUCUCUCGGGAGACCGAAACUCCUGGUCUGUCAGGGCGAGUGCACAUUAUGGGUCUUGGAAACGCAGGAACAUUCAUUGCUCACUCGCUUGCGGCACGACAAUCUCCUCCUCCGAUCACUCUCCUUAUGCACCAGGCCUCGUUCUACCAUGCAUUCCGGCGGAAGAAGCGGAGCCUCGCUGUUAACUACAACGGCCUCGAUGAUAACAGAACAGGCUUCGAUGUCGAAGUUUUGCACGAUAAUGUUUGGCACAGGGUACCUUCGAAAGAAGAGUAUCUCGAGGCCAAGGAAAAUCCAGAUAUUAUUGAGGAUGAAGAAGCUGUGCCCGAGGGGGAAGAACAUAUCGAAUGCUUGGUUGUCUGUUGCAAGGCUUAUAUGACUGAGAAGGUGAUUAGAGGAGUUCGUCACCGACUGAGCCCGGAUUCGACGAUUCUUUUUAUUCAAAACGGCUUGGGCAUCAUCGAGAAGCUUAACAAAGAAGUCUUCCCGGAUGAAAAGAGCCGGCCGCACUAUAUGCAAGGCGUACUCACUCAUGGUUUGAAGAAGCAAGACUCUUACAAGAUCGGCCACGUGAACGUUGGGUCAUUGACUCUCAGUCCGGUGGCCACUGGCAAAACACCGCUCAUUGAGGCCGAGAACGACACACAUUGGGCUCCUACAACAAAGUACCUGCUACGCCUUUUGACUCUCACCCCUUCUCUUGUCGCCACUGCCGAUACCCCAGCCGGCCUUUUGCAAUAUCAGCUAGAGAGACUGGCCGUUGGUUGUGUUCUCAGCUCGCUCGGCGCAAUCCACGAUUGCAAGAAUCGCGAGCUCUUGUACAACUUCCCCGUCUCCCGCACUAUGCGACUACUUCUCCUGGAGAUCUCCAGUGUGAUCUGUGCUCUUCCGGAGCUGCGUGGCAUCCCAGGGAUUGAAGAUCGGUUUUCACCAGAGCGUUUGCGCCGACUGGUCCUCAACGUUGCCUCAAAUCGCCCCGAAGACACUAGCUCGAUACGGAACGAUUUACAUUACCAACGGAACACCGAAAUUGAUUUCCUGAAUGGGUGGAUUGUGAAGCGUGGUGAGGAACUAGGCAUGAAAUGCGUGCUGAACUACAUGAUUCAACAAUUGGUGCAGAGCAGGAUGUACAUCAUCAAUCAUAGGGAAGCCAGCGCGGUCCCGAUCGACUUUGACAAUGUUAUCCUAGCUGGUGACAAGGGAAAGGAUGAUUAA